AUGUCUCCCAGUCCGAUAAGCAUCCGAGAAGUCGAUGACAUAGGCGCGCUCAAAGCAACAUACCUAAUUUCAUCGCCGGAGGCUUCGGCUGGUACACCACCAGUCACUAUCGUCGACUCGCUUCAAGCGUUUUCAAGCUCAAUCGCGGGACUACUGUCUUCCAGAGCCGUUUUGCAAGGAGUCGGGGUUGGUGAUGCGACUGCCUCUCCAACGGCUGCUCUGCUCCUGAAUGUCCUACAAGAGAGCAUGGGCCGAAUAGCAACUAUUCUUUUUGCCCAUCGACUAGAAUGCAAAAUGUAUAGGCUUGCGGCGGACAUUUUCAAUGACUCAGCCAUUGUCAUGGACUGUUUAUCACCCAUGUUUCCGAAACCGAUGAGGGUUGGGGUUCUGAGUCUCUCAAGCGUGUUGAGAGCGAUGUGCGGUGUGGCUGCUGGAAGCUCAAAGGCUAGCUUGAGUGCGCAUUUUGCGAGAUGGGGUAAUUUAGCAGAGCUAAAUGCGAAAGAUUCAAGCCAAGAGACCGUGAUAUCGUUGAUGGGAAUGCUAGUAAGACCGAUUUUAGGCUUUCUCGAGUCAAUCAGUGGGCUGAUUCUUACUCAACAGGUUGGAAGCCUCGUUGUAUCGCGCGUCACUUCUACCUUAGCUACUUGGGCAGCGUUGAUACUGCUACUAACAAUACAUAUCACCACCAAUUACUUCGCUGUCCGGGCAGUCAAUAUGACAACCCUGAAUCGACAGCGAGCGAAUAUAGUAUUUUCAACUAUUUUUGACGAAAACCGGACCUUAACUCCCAGCCAAGCAGCACAUCAGGAACGGAUCUUCGAACGAGAUGGAGUUUUGCGCUGGAAAGCGUCACCAGCGAGCCUGGGCUCGUGCCGUAUAGGAGUGUCAUUCCAGUACAUGGUCCAGCUCAUAGCCUCAUCCGAGAGCUGCACCAGCGAUGGACAAUCAAUUGUUGCAGCGCUUUUGCAUCUUUUUGAGCGGGAAGAAUACAUCCUCUGGUUCAAUCCGACUAGGAAACGUGGAGCAAUCGUCUUAAAAACCAAUGCUACUGCGGCUUCGCAACUAAAAGCUUGGAGCCAUGCUCUCAUAGUUGCACAGAUUUUGAGACUGGGUGAAUGGAAGAGCAAAACCGGGAUCGACCAGUUUAUUCUUCAGCCCGCCACCAGGGCUCACGGCUUAGUGUUGCUAAUCCUACGGGAGACGUUGACAGAACACUCGGAGAAUUUUGACGCUCGACUCGAGCGUCUUAGGAAUGCGGGAUGGGAUGUUGAUAUACCAUCGCUGCAGACGAAGCCAGGGAGACGGUUUGAUAUUCGCAAGCAAGAGUAG